UGUGUAAAGGUCAUUCUCAGGCAGCAUCUUGGACGUGAAGGACAGCUCCCUGAACAUGGCUGAUUUUGGAGAGAUUCUCCAAAACAUCGGAGAGUUUGGAUUAUUUCAAAAGAUCACACUAUUUGCUCUUUGCUUCCCAAAUAUGAUUCUGCCUUUUCAAUUUUCCAGUGUAUUUUUCAUCCAGUCAGAUCCAGAGCGACACUGUAACACAGACUGGAUCCUCAGUGCUGAUCCUGACCUGAGCACAGAGGAGCAGCUGAACCUGACUCUGCCCCGGAGGGAGGAUGGGACCUUCAGCAGGUGUAGGAUGUUCAAACCUGUGGACUGGAGCAUUAGUACCAUCAGGGAGCACGGACUAAAUGAGACCUCAAGGUGCCAGAAUGGAUGGGUGUACAGCAAAACGCUGUAUGAAGCCACCAUAGUCACUGAUUUUGAUCUAGUAUGUGACCAGGCCAAUUUGUUGGAAGUGGCACGGUCAGUGCUGAUGGCUGGCAUUCUUGUAGGUUGUCUCCUAUUUGGACCUUUUGCUGAAUCGUUUGGUCGUAAACGAGCAGCUCAGAUGCCUUUCUUUUUUUUGCUCAUCUUUACUGUAACAACUGGAUUAAGUCCCAACUUCUAUUUUUAUUUGGCAUCCCAGUUCAUGAUGGGAAUCGGCUAUGGAGGUUAUCGACUGAACGGCGUCAUAUUGGCCACUGAGUGGAUUGGGGUGUCCAGGAGAUCAUGGGGAACAUGUUUGACUCAGAUCUUUGGUGCCAUUGGACAGUGUCUCCUCGCUGGUAUGAUCUACUUCAUCAGAGACUGGAGACUGGCUCAACUUAUCACAGCAGCUCCACUUGCAGUUGUUGGUGUUUACAUAUGGUUUAUUCCAGAGUCAGCCAGGUGGUUAUUGGAAAGAGGAAGGUUAGAAGAGGCCAAACAACUGAUUACCAAAGUGGCAGCAAUAAACAAACGCCCUGUUUCAGAAUCUCUGCUGGAAAAGAUUGUUGAAAAAGAAAAUGACAAAAAAGGAGGCAUAAUAACUCUUAUGCAAUCAGCUGUGCUUAGGAAGUAUUUCUUUACACUAAUAUUGGGAUGGUUCGCAUUGAAUGUAACCUACUACUGCCUGUCAUUUAAUGUGGGAAAUUUUGGCUUGGAUAUCUUUGUGACACAACUCAUGUUUGGUCUGACUGAACUACCCGCUCAUAUACUUUGUAUCUGGCUGUUAGAGGCACUGGGGAGGAAAGUGUCUCUGAUGUCAACGCUUCUGAUUGGAGGAUUGUUGUGCUCAUUAAUCUUAGCUGUUCCUCAAGACAAUGCUGUUGCUAUAACCACAUUAGCAACUUCAGGACGUUUCUUCAUAAACUGGGCUGGAUCUGUAUGCAACGUGUACGUUCAGGAGCUGUUCCCGACAUCUUUUAGACAAACUGCCUCUGGUUUGGGCUCAACUGCGAGCAGAGCGGGGGGACUGCUGGCUCCUUUGCUGAACAUGUUGGCAGUUUACCACUGGUCCAUUCCCACUGUAGUGUUCAGCAGCCUUUCACUGAUCAGUGGAUUUCUCAGCAUCCUGCUCCCCGAGACACGAAGGAAAGAGCUCCCUGAUUCAACCGAUGAGGCCGAGGGCAACAGGAAACAGGUCACCAUGAAGAACAAAUAUGAAUCACACGACUCUUCACAAAGCAAAUCAACUAAACUGUAGUCUACUUAUAUCUACACUCACCUCCCUGUCUGUUCACUUUGGUCAGUUGUUGGGCUACUAGUGCCAUAUGGGCCUGACAUUUACUGCAGAUGUUCAAUGAUUUCUGAUAGUAAGUCUGAAUGUGUGUCUGAAUGAAUCAUCCUGAGUACUUCAUGAU